AUGGACGCUAAGCUCAAGGCCCUCAAGGUCGUCGACCUCCGCAAUAUCCUCGCCACCGCCCGCGUCCAAGUCCCCGCAAAGGCAACAAAGAACGACCUCAUCGCCAAGAUCCUCGCCAGCAACGCCGCCCUCGACACAUAUGCUGCUCUCUACCCCCCGGACGACCUGCUCGCUCCACCCGAAGAGGUUGACUGGAACGAGGACCAAAUAGACACACCACCGCCUCAGCAGCAGCAGCAGCAGCAGCAGCAGAAGGUUGCCCCCGCACCAGCACCAGCACCAGAACCCGCCCCACAGUCGGCCCCCACACCCGCCCCUGCCCCUGUCGCACCCUCAGACACCACACAGUCCUCUGCAGAGGACAUUGAACUCGAAAAGCGCAAGCAAAGGGCUGCCCGCUUCGGCAUUCCUCUUGUCGAACCCCACCAAAAGAAAACCCGACCAGCAGCCAAGUCUGCUGCCGUUGCUGCCUCAAUUGACCCAAAAGUGCUAGAACAACGCGCUGCCCGCUUCGGUCUCAACACCCAGGCUCCAGACGCCAAAGCCAACAGCAAUGGCAAAAAACGCUCCGCCCCCACAACACAAGACGUCGAUCCAGAGGAGCUGGAGAGGCGCAGAAAGCGCGCAGAGCGUUUUGGCACAGGCAUACCCCGCAUUCAACCAAACAUGACUCCCGAGCUAGUCAAGAAGACCACUGAUAUGGGCUGGAGCCAAACAGACGCCCUGUGGGUAUACACUUCGCUUCCUGAACCCCUCUUAUCCUCAGAGCUUGAGCGCCUAUCGUUCGCGCAUACAAAAUGCGACACGGACGUCGUCGGUUUUCAACCUUGCCCCAAUCCUGAAGAGACCAGCCAAGAUCGUUUCGUCAUCAAUGACUGGCCACUGCCAAAUGGGACUUGGAUCUUUCGUGCCAUUUUUGACGGCCACGCUGGCCACGAAACGGCCGACUAUGCGUCUUCGGCGCUGCCUGACAUCAUCAAAGGCGCCCUUACCGCGGUUGUGGAGAAAGACGCCCACCCUUCCUCUUCUGCCGUGUCCGAGGCUUUAUCGAACGCCAUUUCCUCCUUUGACAAAGGAAUUGGCCAGGCCAUCGUGGAUCUCUUUCCUGAUGAACAGGCGUUGGCUGAAAUGCCCAUCGAGGAUAUCCAGCGUAUUAUCAAUGACAACGGGCCCAACUCUGCCACCAUCUUGAAGGGCAUGCGAGGCACAACUGCUCUUGUUUCUUUGGCUGAUCCAGCCAAAGCGAACAUCUGGGUCGCGAGUUUGGGCGACUGUGCUGCAGUACUCGGUCUCAAAGAAAUUUCAGGCGAGUGGAAUGCGCAGGUACUCAGCAAAGCUCAUAAUGGCGAGAAUGAUGUGGAAGAGGAGAGGGUAAGGCAGGAACACCCCGGGGAAGAGGAAUGCAUGAUGGACAACCGCGUCUUGGGCGCCAUCGCAGUCACCCGAGCCAUCGGAGAUUUCAGCUUUAAACUGCCUGCCAUAUAUACAGAACGCGUCUUCCUCAAUUCCAACCCGGGAUUCCUCGUGCCAGAUAAAGUGCGUGGCUACAUUGGGAGGAGCAAGACGCCACCGUACAUGACCGGUGUGCCUGAAGUCGAGCACAUUAAUUUGAAAGCCCUCAACGCAACCUCGACGUUUCUAAUUAUGUGUUCUGACGGAUUGACAGACCUUUACGACGACAGGCUGAAGCUGAAUGAGGUGCUCGCAUCCCGAUGGGUGGGAAUCGUAGGCGAGCAGUACGGGUUGAAAGACCGCAAGAAUUUAGCGCUAACUCUGCUGCGCGAUGGACUGGGAGCUGACGAGGAAAACAAGGGGGAAAAGAUUUCGCGAAUGAUCACGGUCGAAAUGGCGUUCAAGUGGAUGGACGACACGACUAUUCUUGUCGUUCCAUUGUAA